GGAGGUUGUGACCACCUCCGGUUCAUUCUCAUAAUAGUUCGUCGUAGGUCCGCACGCCAACGUCGAAAGAGAUCCCUCCGGCAUCAUUCCAUCCAUGGCAUUUCCAUUGGAAUAUGCUGUGAUUCUUCCUUUUUCUUUCGAUUCCUCUUAAUUUCUGAGAUUUUGAGUCGAAUUCCCGACAAAAGCUGAUCGCUUGCUUGAUAAUUUGCUUAAAAAAAAAGAGGUUCAUUGGGCUUAUUGGAUUUGGAGUUCUGUGGAAAUCGCAUCUGUGGAUUGGUUCUGGAUGCUCUUCUAGAUCGCCGUCCACUGGUGUUCUCGUUGGUUGCUUGCGAUUUCAGAUUGAUCAUUGGGUGAGGACGAGUCUUUUUGUGUUUCUGGAUUCGUUAUGGCUUGUGGGCUCUGAUUCCGGGGUCCUUUUCGUCGGUUGGCUUUUUUUUUAUGCGCUUUUGAUGCUUUUAUGGAUUUGGUGAGGGUUUCUUUAAUAUUUCCUUAGAUUUCUAAGUUUCUAUUUGGAAAUUUUUCGUUUUUUUUAUUAAAAGGAUUUUAAGGUCUGAUUUUUGACGGAUUCAAGGGUUUAGAGGAUGGAGGCGGCCGUUUGAUGUGUUUAUGGCUUAUUUUUUGGGUUGAUUUUUGGGUAUUGAUUAUAUUUUUAUUUUAUUUUAUUUAUUUUUCGUCUUCCGCUUAAAAAAAGGUUGCGCUUUGGUGGUGCCACGAUCUGAUUUCAAGCAGAUAAGUUAUUAUUUGAGAAUUUGAGACUAUGGGAGAAGAUUGAAUCUUUGAUAAGAGAUUAUUGGUUUGAUGUUGAUAGGAUUGCUUGCAAUCAGCUGGAUGUGUUGAUUAUUCUUUCUUCGUUUUUGUUUUCAUUUUUAAUUCAUCCUUCUUAGUUCACCAGGAGAACUUUUACUUGCUGGAGAUCCUGCAAGCCCUCUGCUUGAAUAGUUUGUUGGAAUUCUUUCUCUUUUUGUGAUUUUCUUUUGCUUGUUCUUGAAUUUGGUGGAGAUUUAUGAUUGGUAGUGUUAGAAAGAUUGGAUAUUGGGGAGGAUGUAUGCUGUGGAGAGGCUUGGCAGCCUCAUUACCAGUGUCUCGGGUCCUUUCCAUCCCUUUGGAGGGGCUGUAGACAUUAUUAUUGUCCAGCAGCCGGAUGGGAGCUUCAAAUCAUCUCCUUGGUAUGUCAGGUUUGGGAAAUUCCAAGGCGUCCUGAAGACUAAGGAGAAGGUUGUGAGCAUCUCUGUCAAUGGAGUCAAAGCUGGGUUUCAUAUGUACUUGGAUCAUAAAGGAGAGGCUUACUUCCUCAAGAACCCCGAGAAUGAGAAGGAUGAAUUUAGUAUAUCUUCAACAUCAUCUGGAGAUGAGACAGAUGAGAAAACUAAGAAUGGGAAGUUGAGGAAGAUUCAUAGCCUUGGUUUUGAUGGUAGCCAUAAAGAGCAUGGUGCUCAGGUGGAUACUCGGAAUGACAAAAAUUUGACUAGGACAACUUCAAAGCGUGGUAGAAUAUUCGGCCUCAUGUUUGGUAGAAGGCCGAAGGAGGAUGACAAGGGUAUCAAUUUGCAGAAAGUAAGCUCUAUUGAGCGUGCUGAGAUUGCAGCAGAUCUCUUGGAAGUGAAAUGGUCAACCAAUCUCCCAACAAAGGAUAGGUGGGUGGACAAUUUCACAGAGAAAAAUUGUGGGGAUGCAGUUGAUAAUGAGAAAUGUAGUCCCAGAGCACAUUCUUCAGAAGAUGACCUUAGACAGGUUGAAAUAAGAAAUUCCAAUGGUGAGGGUGUUGGUAAGAAUUUUGAAAAUAAUGAAGAAGUACCAGAAGUUUAUGUUUCUGAGGAUGGUGGUGCUUCUGAUGAAAACAAGGAGGGUGUUGUUCAGUUGAUAUUUAAAGAGUCUUUUAUUGAUGCUCAAAGUAGUGUUGUUCUUGAUUCUUCAGUUGAGUCAAUUGGUUCUUAUAGUGACGGGUUCAGCCAUGAUCCAGUGACCUAUGUGGAAACCCAGGAAACCACUGAGGAGAUAACAGCCGGCAGUCGUUGUUCAAUAGCAUGUGAGGAGUUUGUAAAUGGUGCAGAUCAAGUUAGUGAGGUAAUUUCUCACGAGGUGACAAUAGUAACUGAUACAGCCAGCGGUGAUUCAGCAGUUGAAAGUGAAGAAAUAGAGCCAACUUCCCUAAUCUAUCAUGAGACAUCACAAAGCAUGACGAUGAGGUAUGAUGUUUCAACUGACUCCCCUUCUUAUUGCACUUCAGAAGAUGCCCUAGAUAGUUCUGUUCCUCUAUCUGAGAACCUGGAGGAAGAUCAAUUUUCAUUCAGUGAUGCUGACAGUUUUGUUGCCAAAGAAACCAACGGUGGGCAGCUGACUGAUGGCAUAUCAGUGGAGAGAGAAGAUCACUCAACAGAAAAUUCAGAGCAAUUAUCUAAUGUGUCAAGGACUCAGACUAGUCCAAUAAAUAUUCCUAGAAAUAAAACAAAUUUGAAAGAAAUCGAACUGUUAACGAGAUCUUUACCUAAUAUUCGUUCCCACAUCCAUGAUCUUGAGAAAUUUAGCAGUCUUCACUCAUUAAGUUGUUCUGUUGAAACGAAUUCUGAAGAGUACAAUAUGGAUGUUCUAAAGAAGGAAUAUAUUAGCUCUUCAAAACUGGAGGCAGCUUCAGUAAGUGACCAAGCUCAAGACCAAUCUACACCUGGUGUUGCUACAGAUGCUGGUUAUCAAAACAAAGAAGAGAAUAGCACCAUUCCAAUCAGUCCUGAUGUUGAGGUUUCUCUUUGCAAACACUUGCUUUAUGAAGGGAUGGGCACUGACGCCGCAAGUGAAGCUUUCAGCUCAAUGAAGGUGAAUGUGGAACAAAUUUCUGCUUUGGGCCCAUCACUUGUGAAGAAUGAUAAGCUAGUUGUCAGAAUUCAAGGACAUUAUUUCCCGUGGGAUGCAGCUGCACCAAUCAUAUUGGGAAUGGCUUCUUUUGGCAAGGACCAUGUAUUUGAACAUCAAGGCAUGAUAGCUGUGGACCGAACUGAGAAAAAUCUUAAAGCUGACACUAUGAAUGGAAGUUGGCGUCUCUGGCCCUUCAGUUUCAAAAGGUCAAAAUCAAUUAGUGCAGUCCAGUCAACUCCAGAAAGUACCAUUCUGAUGGAUUCAAAAGGCACUGGGAGCUGCAGAAAUUUAAGUGGAGGUAAGAUCAUGCGAAAGCCCAAGGUUAUGAAGGAACGGUCUCUUACUCCAUCAUCUGAAGAGAUAGCUUCCUUGAACCUUAAAGAAGGUCAGAAUGUGGUUACCUUUGGUUUCUCAACAGCAAUGCUUGGUCAGCAGCAGGUGGAUGCAAGAAUAUAUCUGUGGAAAUGGAACACCCGCAUAGUUGUGUCUGAUGUCGAUGGCACAAUUACCAAAUCAGAUGUUCUUGGGCAGUUCAUGCCUCUAGUUGGAGUAGACUGGUCUCAGACUGGUGUUGCGCACCUAUUUUCAGCUAUCAAGGAAAAUGGAUAUCAAUUGCUCUUUCUUAGUGCACGUGCUAUUUCUCAAGCUUAUCUAACAAGACAGUUCCUUUUCAACUUAAAACAGGAGGGAAUUGCACUUCCUGAUGGUCCGGUUGUCAUAUCUCCAGAUGGUCUAUUUCCUUCACUUUACAGAGAAGUUAUCAGAAGAGCUCCUCAUGAAUUCAAAAUCCAAUGCUUAGAGGAUAUAAAAGCAGUGUUUCCUUCUGAUUGCAACCCAUUCUAUGCCGGUUUUGGCAAUAGAGACACUGAUGAAAUCAGCUACCUUAAGGUUGGCGUACCUAAGGGCAAGAUCUUCAUUAUUAACCCAAAGGGAGAGGUUGCAGUGAAUCGUCAUGUUGAUACCAGAUCAUAUACAUCACUUCAUUCAUUAGUCAAUGGCAUGUUUCCAGCCAUGUCCUCUGGCGAGCGGGAGGACUAUAAUUCGUGGAACUUUUGGAGGCUGCCUUUACCUGACAUCAAUACAUAAACCAAAAAUAUGUAUACUCUUCGACUCAUUAAGAGCAACUUUCUUCAUGUGGAACCCUGAACCAGCAUCUUUACAUGCAUGACAUUGUCUGCCAGCACUUUUGGCAUCUUAAUGGUAUAUGAUCUGGAGCUCUCUUUUUACAGCCCAAUGAAGAGUUGGAUAGUGCAGACACAUGAUUGGUCGUGGCUCGGCAUUGUAUAUAAAACACACAUGAUGAACCAAGAGACCUGAUGUUUAUCAUCCAGAAAUUGUAUAGCAAUGUAUUGAUUAUAUCUUACAAUCAGUAUGUUAAUCCUUUCAAACAUUUGUUUUAAAAACAACAGAACAAUAGCAGAUAUUCGUAUUCUUUGUGAUUCAUGUAUAAAUCUAUUCUUCCAUUUCAUGAAAUCCAUGAGCUGAAAUGUAUGUAUGUAGUACUUGAGGGAAUGAGGGAAGCUGUAAAUUGAGACAUUUUUGUUUCUUCCAGGAAGUUUACCAAAACAAUUGAAAAUUAAUUUAUUUAUUUCUGUUAGUUUC